AUGGGUUGCAAGGAAGCAGGAUUAGAGUGGGAGGGGUUUAGGAAGGGAUUUGCACACAGACUUGGGGAGAAAUAUAUCAGGGCAUACACCGACGGAUGUCUCAGUUCUGACCGAAAAGACGAUGUCCAUGGGAUCCUGGAGGUAAAGGCAUUUGCCGUCACGAAGCGUCUGGAGCAGGCAUUGAUGCAGACGGGUAUCGAGAUGCUCACUUACAUCUUGUACUGUGAAUUCAAUGGUAUUUCAUGGCGGCCUGUCACCGCCAUCAGUUUUUUUCUUGUUAUGGCCCAUUUCGAUCCGGUUCAUUUCUUGAAUUUCCUGAAAGGUCUUGAGUCCGAUUUUAAGCUUUCCUUCUUGAAGUUGACCCUCAUUGGGCCUUUCGAUCUGUUCAUUGCAGGUGAUGUAUUCAGACUAGGGAGAAUGACGUUGACGAUGACAGUUCAAAUGUCCAUGGGCGAGAAAGCAAGGGAAAAGGAACGAAAGAAGGCGGCCGAAGAAGAGGAGAAAAGACGAAAGCAAGACGAGGAGAAGGCCGAAAGAGAGAAAGAAGAAAAACGAGAGCAAUAUGAGGAGGCUGCAAGAGAAGAAGAGGCAGGGAUUCAUUCUCUGGAAGCCAGCUCUCCCGCCAACGACGUUGAUUGAGUAUCCUUUUGCAGUCCUUGAGGUUUGUUGAAGAUGGGUGUGGGAGAGAAAGCUGGGACCAGUGGUGGUAAGAGAACGGAGAUUGUCGUUGUUCGGUGCCUUGUAUUGUAUUGAGGUAUUGGUGAAUAUGUGAGGCGAGGAGGAUUUUCAUUCCCGCGGUUGUAUUCUGGGUCUUCUCUCUAUGUAACUACCUGAAGCGUGAUGAAAGUAAUAGUGCCAAAUUGAUUUUCUCAUGC